CCCACCCGAUAAGUCCAUCACAAAUUCACAAUCUAGGUUUUAAUGAAGCUCUCAAUCGAUCGACACGUACGAGAUCGAGGGGAGGAUUAAAGCCACGAUUCCGGCGGCGGAAGCUCCUCCAUCAGGAAUUCCGGCGCUGGUGGCGAUGGAUCCUCCAUCUGAGGGAAGGAGUGAGACGAGUAGCUUUGACAAGGUGAUUGAUCCCACUAACGACCAAGGUAAGGCGCCUUCAACGGAGAAAAAGAAGAAGAAGAAGAAGAAGAAGAAGAAGAAGAAGAAGAAGAAGAAGAAGAAGAAGAAGAAGAAGGUCCGCUACACUCAAGAGCAGAUUCUAUACUGCAUUGGGAACCCGGAGGAAUUGCCCGAGCGCAGGGACACGCCCAAGCUGACCGAGGCCCUGGGCGCGGAGCUCCUGGCCAAGCUACCGCCGGACCUCGUCGCCCACCUGCGCGCCAUGGACGACGCCAAGGAGGAGGGCAAGGCGAGGCGCAAGGCGCUCAUCGAGGAGCUGCGCCAUGAGCGGGAGGUCAUCUACAACAUCCGCGAUAAGCCGGAGGACGUGCUUAAGCAGUACUACGCCAAAGGCUACGCGGAGUACGAGGUUAUCAUCGACGAUGAUGACUACGAAGACGGCGACCAAGGCAGUAGAGCUGCAGCUCACUGAAUAGUAAAUAAUCUUAUAACCAUCGUCGGUGUUUGGCAUCGAUCUAGCUAGCUUUUUAGUUGUAGGGGAAGUUAUGUAUUUCCCCUUCAUUUUAUCACUAUAAGCAAUAAUGUUUGUGUGACUCUAUGAUUAGCUAUAAUAUUAAUUCUUCGAUUUCUACUAUGGUUUUGAUUCUA